CACAUGUGUGCAUAAGAUGAGCGACAGCGUCUGGGAAGAAGGAAGUAUAAAGUGAGAAGAGCGACUGGGCUUACUGGCAUCAAAUUUGGAAGAUUUCUAGGUCUGAAUCUAUUCCCAAACCCGAGGGUGAUUCAAUUCUUGAGGGUACUCUUAUUGAUUUUGCAAAUGGUGCUAAACACCCAAGCACAAAAAUAUUGAAAAAUAGCCCAAGCCCAAAUCAGGAUCGCAAGUCGCAGACUUCGGCCCUUCCGAAUUACGGGCGUCCAUCGUCUUCUGUGGCUUUGUCACGCACUCACGCCGCUCGGUGUAUGCCGCUCUAAUAUCAGAUCCGCCCCUCCGAACGCUACAAUUUAACUGCGACAUCUGGUAACUUUGAUAGAAGAUAUAAGAAAACUAUCGAUCUCUCGAAAUGAGUGCAGGAGGGGCAUUUGGUGGAAAUAGAGGAUUAAGGCCUGUGCCUCCAGAAAAGGGAGUUUUUCCUCUAGACCACUCACAUUUAUGUGACUUGGAGAAAAAAGAUUACCUCGGCUGUUUGAAAACUUCUGGACAUCAAUCAGAAAAGUGUAGACAGUUCUCAAAGAAGUAUCUCAAAUGUCGAAUGGAGAAAAACCUAAUGGCAAAGCAAGACUUGUCAGAACUCGGAUUUGGGAAGCAAUAUGAUGCAGAAACUUCUUCUGAGGAAAAUAAGGACGCAAGGAUAGAGAAGUGAUGAUAACUUAAACAAAUAUUUUGCUUGACCUUUUCGGGAAUCCGUCCAUUUUUUGGCAUUAUUUUGAGGUUUACUGCACCAAAAUGUAAAACCGUUGUUAUAAAUUUCCCGGGAGACAAGUAAUUCUUUUGGUGUUGAUUUGAUCACAAAAAUUAGUUAAUAGCACACACUUAUUUGUUGAAUUGCUUCUGUCUUUCUAGGAUUAGUAUUUAAUAUAGGUAUCGUCAGAUUAUUGAAGAUAGUUGGUUUUGCUAGUGCUCUAUAAUUUCCUUGGAUGUUUGCAUUUGAUGCCAGUGGAAGGUUUC